AUGAAUGUCACCGAAGAAAAGUCAAGAUUUAUCAAGCUCAUGAAAGCGUGCUCUAGUGAUUUGGUUUCUUCUCAAAAGAACCGGUCGAACAAAAGUCAACAGACAGCAUCUCUAAAAGGUCAACUCGCUCAACUGCAGAGAAAAGUUGAGGAGCUUUGCAAGGGCCGCUCUUUGAAUGAAGAUAGGGAGAGCAAAGCUGAGUCACUUUAUCUUACAGACACAGAAGCACGGGCAACAUUAACUACAGUGGCAUCAUCGCCAUCGGACGAAGAACAUACACCCAUAAGCAGUGCCUCAUUGCGAGGCAAUAGCGCCCAUUCACCGCAAUACUACUUUGCAAUUCUUCAAACUACCGAUACUUUCGUUGCUAAAUCUACUUCGAUAAGCGGCAUUGCCAAUAGCUCCCAAAUCCGUGCUCUACAGCGAUUGAGCAAUGAUAGAGAGUCAUCAAGGCCACAAGUAACUUUAGAUAAAAGGUCAAUUACGAUUCAGCUACCAGAGUCGAAUGUCUUGUUCGCCCGAAUUGAAGCCUUUUUUCAGGAAUUUGGCUGCUUCUGGCCAUUCUUACAUCAGCAAAGGGUUCGUGAUUGCUUAUUUACUGUUCUGAGCACAGUAAAAAGUGGUCAAAAUGACAAUGAGAUUCUUGUCACGCGUCAAAAUUGCAAGAUAGUUGCAAUUUUAUUGAAUAUUCUGGCAUUUGCGGAUCUGAUGGAAGAAGUAUUUGCAAAGGCCGACUAUUCACCCGGAUCCCAGAGCUAUUGCAAAGGCCUCGACUUGAUGGAGAAUUUUGGGAUGCUAUAUGAUAACAGCUUGGAAACUAUCAUAUACCAUACUAUAGCAGCAUCUUUUUUUCUUGCUGCAGAAAAGUUGAAUAUGGCUCUACAAAGCGCUUCUCAGGGGUUUCAUAUUGCUCGCUGCCUCGAGUUGAACAAUCAAAAGCGCUGGCCCGACAGCUUGAACGAAGAUAUUGCUUGUCGCCAAUCUCUGUGGUGGACAUUAUACUUCCUUGAUAAGCGGAUCACCCAGAAAAUUGGCAUUACCUACUCUCUUCGAGACAACGAAUGUGGAGUACCAGAGUUCGUUUCUUCGCGCUCAGAAACUACUCUACCUCCGCACCAAGAAAUGCUUCAGAGCAUGAUUUCUUUCAGUCAACUAUGGGUUUAUAUUUGGGAUCACUUCUUUUCUCCUCGUGCCUCUAUGAACUCUAACGACUGGGAAGAGUUGGAGUUGACAGAUACUAGAAUUAUGCUGGCCUACCGUCAACUUCCAUCAAAUCUUCAGUGGGAAUCACAGAAAAUUUUGGAGUAUUUUGAUCAAGAAAAUGAGACACAAAUUCGGCGACGACUGCUGGUUUAUCUGGUGAGAUAA